AUGAGAAUAUCCUUUCGUUUCAUCAGUUUGCUGCUUUGUUUCGUAACCAGCAAGGUAGUUCACGGACAAGACGAUGAAAGUCCUGCUACUGCCACUUCUGAUGGUGAGCGACAAGGUCCUCUAGGACGUCUCCUCGAUGGUCUGCUUUUGUUGCUCCCAACAGGUAGCAUUGAUGACCUUCUCUUGUCGGUUGUUGGCGAUGGAGAUAGCGAACAAGAAGAUCAAAAGGGUGGAAAUGGAGACAAGGAUAAGAACAACAAUAAUAAUAACGACAACAACAGUGGCGGAAACAAUCCGCUUGAAGCAGCCGAAGACAUGGCCGAAAAUGUCAAGUUCUUGGCGUGUACACAAGAUGAUAUCUGCUACAAUGAUUCCACGCAAACACCAGGUGCUUGGACUUGUCGACCACAGUACAUUGGACACAUGUCUAUCUGUGUACCCACACUGUUGGGAGUGACGCUUGGUCGUGUUGGCGAUACUUGCGGUUGUUGCGGCGGUCAAUGCCCCAAAAAGUGCGAGUGUGGCUGCGUUACCAGAGCCGGUUCCCAAGGAGUCAUGGCCAAGUUCAGUCUGCUGUUUGGAUUGUUGCAAUUUGAAGAAUGUUUGGGUCCCACCUUAUCCGAUGCCGCUACAUCCUUCACGACUCUGGACAUUUCUUGUAGCGACAGCUGCGGUCAACAACAAGACGACGGAGGGGUUGUGGUAUCUGCGGCUCCCUAGGUAGCCUAGCUAGCUACGCAGCUUGGGCGAGAGAAGAAGGAACGCUCUCAAAUGCAGAGAAGAAACAAACAGUUGCUUCUUCAAGUACAGAGUACCAUGCAUGGUACCGAAUCAAACAAACGAACAAUGACACUCCGCCAAACUAAACCAAUAAUUCAUAACUCUAGCUUCUGG